AUGGCGGCGAGCGAUCCGGGUACUCUUAACGGCUACACAAGUGGCAGGUGGCAGGUGGUCCUUCGAACGGGACUGGCGAGCGCUGGCACCAGUGCUAAAAAGAAAUACUGGUUACUCGAGGGCACCUUCGGCGAGUGGCUCGACGAGCAACCGUUCGAGGUGGAGCCUGCGGCUACCGCCCGGCUGCUCAAGCACUACACGGCGGAGAACCGAGGGACGCGAGCGGCUUUUGCAAACCUCGUCGACGAUCCGAUGAGCAGCUCGCAGAUGAGCGUCACCGACAACCCGACGCCGCGGCCGCACGACACGGACAAGAGUAUCCAUGACCGCGUGCACGGCACGGUGGCGCUGCCGCCGCUGCUCGUCGCGGUGAUGGACACGCCCCACUUCCAGCGGCUCGAUCAGAUCCAGCAGCUCGGCGGCUGCCACUUUGAGCACUCGAUCGGCGUCGCCCACCUCGCGGGAACGCUUCUCAAGCACCUGCGCGUCCAGCAGCCCGAGCUGCAGAUUUUGGAGGACGACGUGUUUUGGGGGCAGCUCGCCGGCCUUGUGCCCGACCUGGGGCACGGGCCCUUUUUGCACAUGUAA